AUGCAGUUCACCUCCAGCCUCGUCUCCCUCCUCCUCGCUGCGGUCACCACCGGUGUCCAGGCCCUCCCCGGAUCGCCCAUCGACCAGCGUCAAGAAACUCCAAGACUCUUCGUCAAGUUCUGGGCCGACUCAUCCUGUGGGGCGGACGGCGGCAUCUGGGUUGAGGACACCGUCUGGUUCCAGGACCCCGUCGGCACCUGCAUCGAUGUGAGCGUCUGGCGCGACUUCAGCAGCGUCGAGAUCAUCACCAACACCGCAACUCAUGACCUCCGUGCAUACUCACUGAAGAACUGCGCUGACACCGGCGAGGACGCCCACUAUAUCACUAUCCCUGCUGGGAAAACAACUGAACCUCACUGCUUUGCUCAGAACGUCGGGUCUGUGAAGUUCCUGUGA